CUCAAAUUUCCCCAGAAAAUAAAUCUUGUCGAUGAAUAUAUCUUCAAGUUCAAAGCUUCAAGGUCCGCGGCCGGCGGCUCUUAAGGUGAACAAAAGCUCUUCAAAGAUUAUGAAGAAGAAUAAUAAUGGAAAUAUUCAAAGAGUAAAAUCUCCUGUUGUGAUUUAUAUGGUGUCUCCCAAGAUUAUUCAUGUAAGACCUGAAGAAUUCAUGGGGUUGGUGCAACGGCUUACCGGGAAACAAGCGACGGCGAAUCCGAAUUCGGAAUCUUCAUGUGCUACGAUAAUGGAAAGUGAUAAUAAGUGUGCUAAUGGUGGAAUGAACUACGAAGAUCAAGUUGCUGCAUAUCCUAGUCUAUGUGUCGACAUUCUUGCCAAUUGGAAUGACUUCUAGUUAGUAUUACUUAUAAGUUUGAUAUGUUUAUGAAUGAUUCCAAGUUUGAACUUUUGAUUAUUUGAAUUUGAUGUAGCUUUGCUUAUGAGCUAAUGGUUAUGUUAGCAAAUGAAUGUACUUACUCAAGAAUGAUAUAUUAU